AUGUUUGUACUCAAGUCCCUUCUCGGCAAGAUGUGGGGCAACCCAGCCAAUCCUGAACUAAUGCAAAUACCCGCCGGUCAACUCUACCUCGUUCGCCCCAAUAGCAUCAAAGGGUCAAGAGAGUGCAUUUUUCAGGACGCUGUGGCUACCAUCCGAAGAACCGGUGUUGAGUAUCAAUAUCAGCUUGUUGUCACCCGAGCUUAUGAGGAAGGAGAGGAACAGUUGUUAGAUGAGGACGCAGAAACCGACGAUGAGAGAGUCUUCCUCAUCGACCAAGCGCUUGAGUUUCGCUUCGGUACUCUGGACGGAGAUGCCACCUGCGCAUGGAGAGAUUUGAGUGGAGAUGAAGGCGAUCUGUGGGAGUUUGUGAGCAGCAAGGAAGCCACCGACGCAGAGCUAGAAGCUUUGAAAUUUACUGAAAAGCUGCCUGCACUUCCCAUAUCGUCAAUUCCUUCGCAUCCUUCAGAAGAUGAACCUUCUUCUUCCUCUAUCCCUGUGGCAGAAGAUCCAUUCAAAGAUGUGCCUAUCCUACAUCGAGCCCAGGCCGAGCUGUAUCUGUUCGACAUUGAUACCGAUGUCUUCGUUAUACAAGAAAAGGAAGUUCAUGCCGACUUAGCUUCGAACGGCGAUUAUGAUACUUGGAUUAUUGUCCGUCACAACUCGACUCCUUUCAUUUCUGCACCGAUUGAUGCGGAGAUGAACCCUCGGUUCGAUAUGGCCAAUCACGCUUUCAUGUUUACUUUCCGAGAGACCGAAGGUCUGCCAGGAAUGACUUGGUGCCUCAGAUUCAACGAGGAUGUCUUUGGCGAGUGGAAGGAUAAAUUUACCAUCUAUAUGUGGGAAGGCAAAAAUCGUAUGAGCUACGCUAAAGCCAAGGCGGAUGAGCAACGUUACAUCCAAGAAGCUUACGAGGACGUGGAAAUGGCCGAGCCAGAAGAGGAGGAAGAGCGUGCAGAGUCAGAAGAUGAUCAGGAAGAAACGUCAUCUACUGGUGAAGGGGAAGAUUAUCAGUCAGAUUCAGAAGAGUCAGAUGCGGAUGCUUUCGAGCGAGGUUCCAAGAAUCAACAACUCGCAGUCGGAUACAAGAACGAUAUGUCAUUUGUCGCUCGUGGAGACAUGAUUGGAGUUUUCGCUCAUCAAGAUGAUAAGCUGCGAUUCCGUACCGCCAUCGACAGAGUCAAGAAUUUGGAGGGCAAAACCUUUUCACCAAGAAAGAUGAUGCUUCACAACCAAGAUGGCGAUAUGCUUCUGCUUGAUCCUAGCAAUCAAAAUUCAGUCUAUCGCAUGGAUCUCGAAUACGGCAAAGUCGUGGACGAAUGGAAGGUAUCUGAAUCUGUGGAUGUCAACAACAUCAUACCGGACUCCAAAUAUGCUCAAAUGAAUCCACAACAAACUUUCAUAGGUCAUUCUCAUAACGGUCUGUUCCGUAUCGACCCUAGAGUAUCUGGCAACAAGCUAGUCGAGAGUCAAUUCAAGCAAUACGCGACGAAGAACGACUUCUCUGCUGCGACCACUACAGAAUCUGGGAAACUCGCGGUCGCGAGUAACAAAGGAGAUAUCAGGCUUUUUGAUCAGAUUGGUAAAAACGCAAAGACUGCUCUUCCUGCUUUAGGUGACCCUAUCAUCGGUGUCGACGUCUCUGCCGAUGGUCGAUGGCUUGUUGCUACAUGCAAGACAUACCUUCUCUUGAUCGAUACUCUCAUAGGUGAUGGCCGUUAUAAGGGCUCUCUUGGGUUUGACAGAAGCUUCCCAGCGGAUAGUAAACCUAUCCCAAGACGUUUGCAACUCAAACCUGAACACGUAGCUUACAUGGAGGAUCCGGUGUCCUUCACGCCUGCCAGAUUCAACACGGGAGUCAACGAAGCAGAGAAGACCAUCGUUACUUCUACCGGGAAAUACGUCAUCAAGCAAUACGAUUCAAAAGUAGUAGCGGAUAACUUCAAGUUUGGAGCGGACAAAAAUAUUAUUGUCGCCUUGGAGCACAAUGUGGUCAUGGCGAACAAGAAGGAACUUGCCAAGCCAACACGAUCCUCGCUCGCUCCUCGCGCUUCCCUCUCGACACCAAUACGCAAAAUACGACAAUCUCACAGUGAUAUCGUGAACAGUCCUUACUAG